GGCGAGUCCACAUUCAGUCUCCAGUUCUGUCCUCACGGUUGCGCGGGUUUUAGAUAGAGGCCUGGAUUGAGAGAGAGAGAGAGAGGAGCUGAAAUUGGCCGAGGAAGCUGAAGAGUGAGUGAGUGAUUCGGAGUCAUGGCGACCAGGAAGGCGUUGGGCUCGAGCGCAAGCUUGCUGGGGCGAAUUGUGUCGAGGCAACGACAGGUUGCUGCUGCUGCUGCAGUGUCCAGCUCCAGCAGGCUCGUCGGUGGUGCUCGGAGUUUCGGAGCUGCUGCAGCGGAGAAGGAGCUCGAGAGUCCUGUGAAGGCUCCGGUCGAGGUCAAGCACACGAAGCUGCUGAUCAAUGGGGAAUUUGUGGACUCUGUGUCCGGGAAGACCUUUGCCACUUACGAUCCUCGGAGUGAGGAGCUGAUCGCUCAUGUGGCCGAGGGUGACGCCAAGGACAUCGACCUCGCCGUGAAGGCUGCCCGGAAGGCUUUCGACGAAGGCCCAUGGCCGAAGAUGACGGCCUACGAGCGUGUCAAGAUUCUGAACCGCUAUGCCGAUCUUCUGGAGAAGCACAACGAUGAAUUGGGUGCUCUCGAUUCCAUCGACAGCGGCAAGCCUUACGAUCAAGCCCGGUAUGCAGAAAUGCCGCAGGUGGUGAGAAAUUUCCGCUACUUCGCCGGCUGGGCCGAUAAGAUCCACGGGCACACCAUUCCGUCUGACUCUGCCCACUUCGCCUACACCCUGCACGAGCCCGUCGGCGUGUGCGGGCAGAUCAUUCCGUGGAAUUUCCCGCUGGUCAUGUACGCCUGGAAGGUCGCUCCCGCCUUAGCUUGUGGAAACACAAUUGUGCUCAAGACUGCCGAGCAGACUCCCCUCUCGGCCCUUCUGGCGGGAGCGCUGGCUCUCGAGGCUGGCAUCCCGCCGGGCGUGCUGAACAUUGUGUCCGGAUAUGGAGAGACAGCGGGAGCGGCGCUCUCGAGCCACAUGGACGUGGAUAAGGUGGCCUUCACCGGAUCCACGGAGGUCGGGAAGAAAAUCAUGGUCGCUGCCGCGCAGAGCAAUUUGAAGAAGGUGACGCUGGAGCUUGGAGGCAAGUCGCCCUUCAUCAUCUGCGACGGGGCCGAUGUGGAUCAGGCCGUGGAGCUGUCGCACUUCGCGCUCUUCUUCAACCAGGGCCAGUGCUGCUGCGCCGGGUCGAGGACCUUCGUGCACGAGAACGUGUACGACGAGUAUUUGGAGAAGGCCAAGGAACGGGCUUUGAAGAGAAUCGUCGGAGAUCCUUUUCGCAGCGGAGUGGAGCAGGGCCCUCAAGUCGACAAGGAGCAGUUCAACAAAGUUCUCAGCUACAUCGAGAGCGGCAAGGAGCAGGGUGCCCGAUUGAUCACCGGGGGCACGAGGCUCGGCAGCAAGGGCUUCUACAUCAAGCCCACCGUCUUCGCCGAUGUCCAGGACCAUCACACCAUCUUCAACGAGGAGAUUUUCGGCCCCGUCCAGGCCGUGACCAAGUUCUCCAGCACCCAGGAGGUCAUCAAGAGGGCCAACAGGACCGAGUACGGAUUGGCUGCAGGAAUUUUCUCCAAGAAUAUCGACGAAAUUAACACUCUCUCCCGCGGGCUCAGAGCCGGAACGGUCUGGGUGAACACGUACGACAUUUUCGAUGCUAGCAUUCCCUUCGGAGGGUACAAGCAGAGUGGCAUCGGAAGAGAGAAGGGCAUCUACGCGCUGGAGAAUUACACUCAAGUGAAGGCUGUGGUGAUGCCCUUGCACAACCCUGCUUGGUUGUGAGGGGACAAAAAUCUCUCUCUCUCUUUCUCUCUCUCGAUCGCAGCAGCAGCAGCAAUCGGCAAUCGUUCUCACUCGAAUCGAUGCGUUCAAUAAUCUGUGCAAACUUACGAGGUGUUUUUUCCCUGCCUGCAAGGGAUGUGUGAAUAUGGCAGCCUGACAUCGUGGGAGAGUUCAGAGAGGGCAGGCAGGUAUGUCUAGGUUGAUUGGGCAGUAUAGACGGGCUCUUGAGCACUACGCCUUAUUCAGUGGAGCGAAAUUUGGACGAGCAGCUUUCUUAUCUUGAUGAUUCAGUUGAUCCAAAAAGGAAAUCAUCACAUGUUCAUAUAAUGACGGAAAAACCCCCCUUUAGGAUAUUAGGAAAGUAGAAAAUUGGCCUGCGGGAGCCGAUUGUGAAAUUGGUUUUGAAAUGAAGUCGUUAGUUCUCGGCUGUGACCUUGGAUUAAGGUUGUUAAAUCCACAUCUCCAUAGUGUCUCCUGUGUGCUUUGCCUGUGUGAUGUUUGCUACAACGGUUUUCAAAAGCACAUUUCGAUUCAGUCACGUAAGUCAUAAGUUAUUCAUGGAUUCCAUUGCUCCUGAGUGGCAAUCACAUCAUUGUGUCUGAUUUGUUCAGCUUGGCAGCCUUUUCUUAACUUCUCCGAUGACUGUUGUAGUCGAAGAAAUGUACAGGUCUGUUGCUAUUGGUUGGUGUAAGUAUUUAAUCCCGGUCUACUUCUAUUUUAUAUCUGGGGUAUUCGAGAGGAUGGAUUCAUUUGUCCGUCGGUGUGGGUCUGCAGGAUUGCUGUCCGCAAUAUGGCGGAAGUUACCUACCGGUCGAUAUGUCUCAUGAUCGAUGGUUCUCUCGAAAGGAAAGAGGAAGAGUUGAAGAUAGAACAGAGGUGACAAUGAUAUGAAAAUGUAUAGAUUGGGUUCAUUCCGUGAUCUCGUCAUGAUGUCUGUCAGUGAAUAAAUAUGUGAUGUAGUGAACUGUUCCCGUGAUUGCCAACGCUUUAAAUAAAUCUAAGUUUCUUCCUGUCGCUGCGGUCCGAAUUGAGGUGGCCUGAAUGUGAUUGGGCACCGUACAGAAGUUCAAGAUAGCGUUGGACUCGGUAUGUUUAUGUUGACGCCAUAUUCGCUCAAAGCCUUAAUCCAGGCAGAGCGCAUCGUGGUUUGGGAAGUCGUGUACCAUAACUUCCAACUAUGCGGGAGGAAGGUUUAACAGAAGCUCUUAUAAACGAAGUCUACGUAUUGACAAUGCACUGCGUGGAACCUGAUGCGACCAUGUGCGGGUCCCUCGCAGUUCAGUUAUGUAUUUUAGUAGAGGGUGAGUAACCCUGAGGAGUACACCGAGUCACCAAGACCUUAGUACGUGGGUUUCCAAG